AUGUUUUCAUUAAAUUACAUCAUUGCAACAACUUUCAUUUUAUGUUGUUUACUCUUGCGGACAGCACAUACGUCUCCUGUUCCAAAACCGGAAGCAGGCUUUGUUGGAGGCAAUCCAAAGAAAGGUGCUAUGCCACCGGUACAUUAUCCAUCCAGCUAUAGUGGCUCAGGGAAUGGACGAGAUAAAUUACCCACACAAAUUGCGGCCAAACCUUCUACACCUCGGGCUUCUGCUCCACAGCCAAAGAAAACGGGUAGCGGAGGUGGAAUUACAGGAAAGAUUACAAAACUAUUCUCCGGUGGAUCGGGAGGAGGCGGAAAGGGGCGAAAGCCAAAGAAAUAG